AUGUCAUCAAAUCCAAUAUUGAGGUGGGGAUUGGGUCUCUCAGCCGCCGCCGCCGUUGUCGCAAUCGCAGUCGUGCGCCUCCAGCAACCUCUUUUGGGCGAGAUCGAUGACACCCAAACGUACUGCUAUCAGGGUGUCCGGACGCACGACGAGGACCAGCCGUCAGCCCAGUGCUUUACGGUCGCCGACGGCAAAUUCACUCGCGUGUUUCCAUGGGACGAUGCCAGCUUGACAACCACAGCUGGUUUCGUCAUUCCUGGUCUGUGGGAUGGCCACGGCCAUCUGAGUCAGUAUGGAGAGUUUCUCUACUCGGCCGAUCUAUUCGGAGCCUCUUCUUUGGACGAUGUUCGAGGCCGCCUGAGGAACUACGUUGAUAGCCAUGCUGAUGCUGGCACCAAGGAUGAGUGGAUUCGAGGAAUUGGCUGGGAUCAGUCGGUGUACGGCAGGAUGCCGACUGCUACAGACAUUGAGGAGGACGAGUCUCUGAAGGGCAAAUACUUCAUGCUUGACCGGAUAGACGUCCACUGUGCGUGGGUAUCACAAGCGGUGCUCGAUCUCUUGCCCCCAGACAUCCCAGAUGUGCCUGGCGGCGAGAUCGUCCGUGAGCCAGGCAUGGGCGUCUUCUGUGAUAACGCCAUGGAUCUGAUCUACAACUUGUGGCCGAAGCCCGGGCCUGAGAAGAAGCGGGCAUUCGUUGCCGCCGCCAUGGCGAAGUUGAACGAGGUCGGGUUAGUCGGGAUCCAUGAUGCCGGCGUCUUUCCGGACCUGCUCGACCUGUACGCCGAAAUGGCACACACGGACGAUUGGACCGUCCGUGUGUAUGCAAUGUUGGAGUGUGCUCAGCGUAACACUUUCUGUCCCGAUGAUGCUGCGCGGGUCUUCCGCCAGAAUGAUUUAUUCAGCGUCAAGUCCGUUAAGCUUUUUGCAGAUGGUGCUCUUGGAAGCUGGGGAAGCGCCAUGAUAGAGCCCUAUAGCGAUCGUCCCGAUACCGCCGGCUCUCUCCUCGUUAACGGCUCGACCCUGACGCAACUUGGUAAAUCCUGGGCAUCCGUCGGGUACCAGGUCAACAUCCAUGCCAUUGGCGACUUGGCAAACCGUUAUGCUGUCGAUGCCCUGGAGGCUGGCCUGCGAGAUGUAUGCCCCAAUGAGGACCUUGCAGAUUGCCAGGCCCGACGACGAUUUCGCAUCGAGCAUUCGCAGAUUAUCCACGAGGACGACCAGAAGAGGAUUCAUGACAUUGGUAUUAUCCCAUCCAUUCAGCCGACGCACGCGACCUCGGAUAUGAAGUACGCCGAGCUACGACUCGGUGCAGAGCGUACCAAAAGGGAGGCGUACCGGAUGCGGUCACUCCUGGACGCCCACCCGAUCCUCGGCAGCGACUUCCCCGUUGAGCCGCCAAAUCCGUUCCAGGGUAUAUACGCUGCCGUCGCCCGGAAGAGCCCCCAUACAGGUUACGGCGUUAACGGAAGUGAAGAUGGCUGGCACACCGAGGAGGCCUUGAGCCUGGAUGAAGCGUUGCUCGGAUUCACCAAAGGUCCGGCUUACGGCGCCUUCAUGGAGGGACGAGCCGGCCUUAUCAAGGUGGGCGCGCUGGCUGAUUGGGUUGUGCUUGAUCAGCCUUUGGAGGACUUGGACCUUGACGAGCUGCGCGAGCUUAAAGUCAAGGAGACCUGGGUGGGCGGAAAACAGGUCUAUUCGCGGGACUACGAGUGA